CCCCGCCCGCCAUGUUGCGGCGGCGGCGGCGGGAGCGGCAGCGGCGGCGGUGCGCGGUGGCGGCGCUCGGAGCAUGCCGGGCGCACGGAGCGGGCCGGGCGCGCAGCCCGCGCAGUGGGUGCUCAUUGCCCCAGAGGCUGCUCUUGACCCCCCGAAGGCACCUGACAGCGAACCCUUGUUUGCAAAACUGCGCAACCCAAGCACAGGAGAAGCAACCCUUUACUUAUUCAAUAGUGGUGCACAGCAGCUGUUUGAAGUAAAAGCUUUUCAUGAGGAACGUCGUUCCUGGUUUGUAGGUCAGACUGUUCAACAGGAUGGACGCCUGCUGUUUGUUACACCAAUGGACCCCUUAUUUCUGAUACUUUACUACCUCAUAAAGGCAGACAAAGAGCAGCAAGGAAAGUUCCAGCCACUUGAUCAAGUUGUGCUAGACUCAGAAUACCCUAGCUGCCCGUUGCUGCUGAAGUGUGCAGAUGUUAAACAGUACAUACAGCACAUAACAGAAGAAAAAGAGAUUGGCAGUCAGAAAUUCCACAAAUACAGCCAAGAGAAGACACUGAAGUGGUUAAAGAAAAAGGUUAAUCAAACAGUGAAAGCACUUAAAAGCAACAAUAUAUUGGUAGGUGAAAGGGUGCUUGCAAGUACAUUUAUCGACAGUAAACAGAUCACAGAUGCUCAGGAAGACUAUGUUCGGUAUGCCCAUGGGUUAGUAUCGGAGUAUAUUCCUGAAGAUCUGAGUAAGGAGUUGCUAAAAUACUUGGGGCUCCCAGAACUUAAAAGCCCAGCACCAGAGCCACCACUGAAGAUGCCUGAGAAAAGACGUGCAAAGAAGAAAUGAAAGGAGCAUAAGGAGACUCACUUAUAUUAUUGCAACUUGCCAUAAUCACAAAGCUGCUGUUGAAGGCUUUUUCUUUUUAACGCACUUUCUGAAAAAUAAAUGCUUGACAUCGGACAUGCCCUGUUCCAAGAAAAAGCAAAUCUCAGCAGAUGAGCAUUGUUAAAUAUGCGGUGUGUUAAACAUACAGUGCUUCAAAUUUUAUAGCUCACACACGAUUGGCCUAUCGGGCCCUUCCAGGAAAGCACUUACGAGCAUGCCUAAUGUUAAGCACAUGAGCAGUGAUCCCAAACUCAGCCGUGGUGUCCGUGUGGGUAAGUGCUUUGCUGGAUCGGUGCCUGCAGCCCUGUUAGGUGCUGAGCAUCCUGAUCCAUAUCCAGCAAAGCACUUAGGUCCAUGCUUAUCUUGAAGUGGAAGAGCCAGUCUAGUAUUUGUGCAUUAGUGUUCACCAUAAAAUCUCUCUUGGCACAAUGGCUCAUAUGCUUAAAAUUAAGCACCUGCCCAAGUAUUUUGCAAGGUCAGACCAACUGCAUUCUUGAGCAAGUCUUAAAUACUUGAUUUUUAUGAAAAUUUUUUUACUCAUUUUUUUAAUAGAAUGCAUGCUUUUAGUGACCAUAAUUACAAGUUUUAGAAGCUGUAUAGCAGAAUAUGUUUAUAUAGCAUGUUCUAUGCAAUUUUGUUCUUUCUUUUUCAAAAUCUGUCCAAAAUCAGAAAAGUGGCCUUUUUGGAUGAGAAGUCCAAUGUUCAGUCAUAAAAUCAACCAAAAUGGAAAAAAAACCAAUGUUAACUCUUUUUAGGACAUUUAAAUUUUUAAAAAUAAUUUCACUGAGUUUGAUUUACACGAUUUUGUCUAACGCUGACCUGUUUUACAGAAGGUGUCACCUAGUUGAGGUUAUGUAGACAGUCUGACUCUUAAGUGCUAAAGCUUUGGGUAAAGGUUGUGUGUUCAGAAGGGCAGAUGGAGAAGCUGGCUUUUUAAAUUUUACUUCUUUUAUUCUAAGGGUUUGAAGCCUUACAGACAUGUACAUUUUGUGUUAAGAACUAAACCAAAACCUGUGUAAUUCUUCAGGUUAAAAAAAAAAAAAAAAACCAAAACAAAACUAAUUAUCUUUUUUUUAAUUAAUUUAAGCAACACUUUCUGUGGAGUGAGCUUCAACCAAAAUGUCAGCCUGAGUCUACAUAAAAAAUGGAGAAAGUGGAUGCUAAUGAGGUCCUCAAGUGAUUUGUGUCAUAUGCAGUCUGUUGUUCUUAACUUAAAUACCUGUAUAUCAAACUACUAUUAAUGUGUAACUCUUCUCUGGAGAACUUUUUUGUGUUAAUAAUUGACAGGAUUUUGAACAGAAUGAAUGUUUACUUCUGUAAAUUAUAGGUGUGACCCCAGUUCACAGAUGCCUACAGCAAAUGACUAAAAUGCUUGGUAAUGCUUGAAUGUAUUUGAAGUGUUCUAGGUAAAACAUAAAGUAAUAUUUUACAUCAACUGUAGCAAAUUUUGCCUAACUUUGAGUAAAAAAGAGCUCCAAGAAGAGUUUAUUAUGACAUUGCUGAAAACUUAAUUCAAAGACAGAGAAAAUAGCUUAUUCAACUUUCUUUUCAGCUGAUUCUGUUCAUCUCUGUUUCAGAAUAUGAAAAACCUGAGCUGUUAACUGUUUAGAAAUCAUAUAUGAAAGGAAAUGUAAUCUGGAAGCCUGUUUUGGGAAUUUGCACUGAAUUAUUUUUGUUAGUCUGGUGAAGCAAUGUGCACUUUCCCUUUUUAUGGAAAAAAUAUUUAUUUUAAAAUGGUUUUUAGGAAUACUGGAAGAAUAUUGUGUGGGUCCAAAAUGAAAUUUCUAUUUUUCUAGCUUACAAUAAAAAACACUUGAUAUAUGAAUUAAGAUUAUAUAUUUCAGUAUAUGAUUCAAUAUUUUUGUAAGAUUUUAUUUUUAAUUAAUGUACAAGAAAGAAAUAAAUGCCUUUG